AUGGACUCCUCCUACCACCACUUGGACCACACUGAAGCUCACCUGCCACCUGGGUUUAGGUUCCACCCCACUGAUGAGGAACUCAUAACGUACUACCUUCUAAAGAAAGUUUUAGACAGCAGCUUUACUGGUAGAGCCAUAGCGGAAGUUGACCUGAACAAGAGUGAACCAUGGGAGCUCCCAGCGAAAGCUAAAAUGGGUGAGAAAGAGUGGUACUUCUUCAGCUUGCGUGACAGGAAGUACCCAACUGGGUUACGGACCAAUAGGGCCACUGAAGCUGGUUACUGGAAAGCCACUGGGAAGGAUAGAGAGAUUUACAGCUCCAAGACUUGCUCUUUGGUGGGGAUGAAGAAAACCUUGGUUUUCUACCGUGGUAGAGCCCCCAAGGGGGAGAAAAGUAACUGGGUCAUGCAUGAGUAUCGCCUUGAGGGAAAAUUUGCUUACCAUUACCUUUCCCGCAACUCCAAGGACGAAUGGGUUAUCUCACGCGUGUUCAAGAAGAGCAACACAACCAACGGAUGCUCCACCAUGUCUGCUUCGAGUGGCUCCAAAAAAACAAGAGUGAGUACCAUCAACACCUCUCUCUGCCCGGAACCAAGUUCACCCUCUUCGGUUUACCUACCACCUCUUCUAGACUCAUCUCCCUACACCACAGUUAACUUCAACGACCGCAAUAAUUGUUCCUAUGACAGCACCACCAAGAAGGAGCACGUGUCCUGUUUCUCCACAAUCGCUGCAGCCAACGCUGCUGUCGUCUCCCCAAACAACUUCACCAAUGCUAGCUUCGACCUUCCACCUUCCCAGCCUCUUGCAUCGGACCCCUUUGCUCGGUUUCAGAGAAACGUUGGUGUCUCUGCCUUCCCAAGUUUAAGGUCACUGCAAGACAACCUUCAGCUGCCGUUCUUUUUCCCCCCGGUGGCACAGCCCUUCCCUGGCGUUGGUUCCGGUGACUUCCUUUGGUCGAUGCCGGAGGAACAAAGGUUGGUUGAUGCCGCCUCCAACAUGCCACUGGGGGUGUCGGAGCUUGAUUGCAUGUGGGGCUACUAG